GCGUGAAAGAGGCGUUUCCUUUUCUCUAUUUAUUCUAACGUUGUAGAUUUGGACUAGAGACUCGCAGUCUGACGCAGAUCGUUUCUCUCUCCGGUCAGUCCAACACAAGGAGUCUGCACAGGAUUCUUUACCUGCAAACAUGUCGAAGUGUGAUGUCCCACGUGAGCCCGAGCAGCUCCGCAAGCUGUUCAUUGGAGGUUUGAGCUUCGAGACCACAGACGAGAGCCUGCGAGCUCACUUUGAGCAAUGGGGGAGCCUCACAGACUGUGUGGUCAUGAGGGAUCCCAACACCAAGAGAUCCAGGGGCUUUGGCUUUGUUACAUACUCAUCAGUGGACGAAGUUGAUGCUGCCAUGAAUGCCCGUCCCCAUAAGGUUGAUGGAAGAGUGGUUGAACCUAAACGAGCCGUCUCCAGAGAGGACUCAAACCGGCCAGGUGCCCACGUUACGGUGAAAAAGAUCUUUGUUGGGGGAAUCAAGGAAGAUACAGAGGAGUCACACCUGCGAGAUUACUUCACACAGUUUGGCAAGAUCGAGGUCAUUGAUAUCAUGACUGACCGCAACACUGGAAAGAAGAGGGGCUUCGCCUUUGUGACCUUUGACGAUCAUGAUUCAGUCGACAGGAUUGUCAUCCAGAAAUACCACACAAUCAACUGUCACAACUGUGAAGUGAGGAAGGCUCUGACGAGGCAGGAAAUGCAGACUGCAGGAAUGGGAAUGGGCCGCAGCAGCGGUGGAAGGCCCUAUGAAUACGACAGAGGCUUCAAUCAGGGCGGCAGGGGCAGAUAUGGAGACGGUCCUUACAAUUCCAAUGGAGGAGAUUGUGGUGGUGGCGGCGGCGGUAAUGGUGGUGGUGGCGGCGGUGGUGGCUAUGGAGGUGGUCCCGGCGGCGGUGGUCCUGGCGGAUAUAAUAAUGGCGGCAACAGAGGUUAUAACCAAAGUUACAACCAGGGUGGUGGUGGAGGAGGCGGUGGCUAUGGAGGAAAUGGUUAUGACAAUAGCAACGGCUAUGGUAACUGCGGUGGUAGUGGUGGGGGAGGAGGCGGCAGCCAAGGAGGCGGCGGCGGCAAUAACUACAACAACAUGGGCCACUACGACCCCCAGGCCUCAAACUUUGGCCCAAUGAAGAACAACUUUAGUGGUGGUGGCGGCGGCGGUGUUAGCAGGAACUUCGGUGGCGGCUACGGAGGUGGCUCAAACAAUGGUGGAUAUAGCCGUUCAGGACGAUUUUGAAAUGUGAAGUGGACUGAGUACUUAGGAGAGGAGAGCAAGGAGAGGAGAGCAAGCGAAGUGACAGGGCAGCUGCAGGUUUACCUCCUAAAUCUGCUCAGCCAAACAGUUGUGGCAGGUUACAGCUGCUGCAAGAAGAGAUGUACAGUAGAUAAAUCAUGGAGGGUCUUCAUUUAAAACGUUUUGUGUUUUUUCAUCGACUGUGUUUCUGGAAAGCAAGCAUUCCAAUGAGGUUUUAUGUAGUUUUUUUUUUUCUUUAAAGUCUGGUUUUUAUUUGUAUCUGCAUCCAAUCAAGCUGAAAUAAACCAUCUUUCAGUUUUUUUAAAAAGUCUUGUUAGCCUCUUGAGUGGUUUGGGAAAGGGAGGGUUCACUAUUGGAUGUUGCACAAUGUGGGAUGAGCGACAUAUUUCUCAUAUGUGAGGAACCAAAAAAAAAAAAAAUCCAAAUGACGUGUAAGAAGCCCAGCACUGGUAA